AUGGAGGAGCCGCUGCCGCCGCCGCCGCCGCCGCCGCUGCUGCCCCAGGCGGCCCCGCCGCCCGCCCCGCCCGACACCGCCGCGCCCGCGGCCUCGGUGGAUGGGGAGCCCGCGGCCGAUGCCGCCUCCGAGUGGAACAUCCCGCCCAACGCGCCCGCCUGCAUGGAGCGGCACCUGGAGCGCGCGCACUACCGCGCAGACGGGGCCCUGCUGCUGGGCGCCUCGGGGCUGAACGGGCGCUGCUGGAGCGGCUCGCUGUGGGUGUUCGCGGAGCCCCGGCGCGCCCCCAGCGAGGGAUUCUGCACCGCGGGCGUGCAGACCGAGGCGGGGGUCGCCGACCUGUGCUGGCUGGCGGACAGGGGCAUCCUGGUGGCCUCCGACUCCGGGGCGGUGGAGCUGUGGGAGCUGGAGGAGGACGAGAGUCUCAUCGUGAACAAGUUCUGUAAAUACGAGCACGAUGAUAUCGUGACAUCGGUGUCUGUGCUGGCAGGCAGCAGCCAGGCUGUCAGCGGGGGCAGGGAUUUCUGCGUGAAGGUCUGGGACAUCCCGGAGCAAAUGGUGCUGCACUCCUACAGAGCUCACUCCGAUGCAGUGACAUGUGUGGCUUCCUGUCCUGGUAAGGACACUGUGUUCCUGUCCUGUGCUGAGGACAACAGAAUUUUACUCUGGGACACCAGAUGCCCCAAACCAGCUACCCGAAUUGUUUGCAGUGCCUGUAAUUACCUCCCUACCUCAGUCAUGUGGCAUCCACAGAAAAGUGACAUCUUUGUCUUGGGUGAUGAAAGUGGAACAGUUGCACUGGUGGACACAAAGAAUCCUGACUCUGCCCUCAGCGCUGCUGUGCACACCCAAGGCAUCACAGGCUUUGCUUUUUCUGCACACAGUUCACCCUUACUGGCUUCCAUCAGUGAAGACUGUUCAGUUGCUGUUCUUGACUCAGACCUCUCAGAGGUGUUCAGAAACCGCUCUCAUCGAGACUUUGUGAAAGGCUUGUCCUGGUCUCCUUUAGAUGAUGCCUUGCUCACUACAGUUGGAUGGGAUCAUCAGGUUUUACAUCACACUGUUCCCCUCCCAGCUGGUGAAGCUUCUGGAAUCAACUGUGUAAAAGAAUAGUUUUAUAAACUCGUGGUCCAAGUUC